AUGCCUCGAUUUCCCGUCGCUUGUUAUCAUCUAACAGUUGCAAAACAGACUCAAGAACCGAACCACUUCAAGAAACAACAAUCUGCCAAACCGAGUUUUAUUCCGUUCGCCUCUUCCUGCCAUCCCGCCGUCGGCUUUCCCUCUCUACCUUGCCAUCGCCUCUCCCUCCUAUCCCGCCGUCGCCUCUUCCUCUCACCCCGCGGUCGCCUCCCUCCCAUCCCAUCAUCGCCUCUCCCUCUCACUCGUCGUCGCCUCUCCCUCUUACCCGCCACCGCCUCUCCUUCACAUUCCGUCGUCUCCUCCCCCUUGAAUCCCGCCGUCGCCUCCCCUCACAUCCCGCCGUCGCCUCCCCCUCACAUCCCGCCGUCGCCUCCCCCUUACAUCCCGCCGUCGCUUCCCCCCAUAUCCCGCCUCACCUCCCCCUGGCAUCCCGCCGUCGCCUCCCUCCGCAUCCCGCCGUCGCCUCCCCCCUCGCAUCCUGCCGUCGCCUCCCCCUCACAUCGCGCCGUCGCCUCCCCUUCCAAUCCCGCCGUCGCCUCCCUCCGCAUCCCGCCGUCGCCUCCCCCCUCGCAUCCUGCCGUCGCCUCCCCCUCACAUCGCGCCGUCGCCUCCCCUUCCAAUCCCGCCGUCGCAUCUCCUCUCACCGCCGUCGCAUCCCCCUCUCAUCUCGCCGUCGCCGCUGACGACAGCUGCACGAGCGCGAGCUGGCGGGCGAGCACGAGAUGGUUUCUUAGGCGCCGUUAUUAUGAGGUGCGCUUACCUAUCCCGGUCUUUUUCUCCUCCUUUCCCCCUCUAAAAUUCGCUCACUUUCUUACAUUUUUUGUAGCUUCUGUUUGUCGAUUGGUCUCCGUGGGUUGCACUAUUUAUUAA